AUGGGUCAGGCACUUCGCCGAGCUGCUGGAAGAAUCCGACCCUCUUCCAGCAUUGAAACGACGUCGGCGAAGCCAAAGACCGUCGUCGUCGAUAAGCGGCCUCCUCCUCUGGGCCCCACCGAGAUCUCCAAGGCCGGCGACGCUCCUAAUUCUGAUGGUAGUGCAGCAACAGCAGCAGAAGCAGACGCAGGAACAGCCAACGUUGAUAAUGUGCUUGAAGAACGAGAUCCAAGCUACGACGCCAUGCUUAAUCAAAUGGUGGGUAGAAUUAAAUCAAAGCCCGGAGGAAAACUGGAGAUGGGUGAGGCAUUUGUGGUGGAAAAGUAUAAGAGGCCUCUACCAAAGCUGAGAGAUACAAAGCCAGAUUCGGGCAGGUACGAGGAGAGGCCGGCUGCUCCAGGAACUCUGAAUGUGGCGCAGCUGCGCCACAUAAUCCUCCUCCAUCAGGGCAAGGCUGAGGAUCACAAUGGCCCCAUGGAGGCGGACCAAAUCGCCGACAAGUUCCGGGUUGAUGUCGCGGAGGUUCGGAAGAUCUUGCAGUUUGUGUCACUGCCCCCAGAGGACAGCAGCAAACAGAAGAACAAUCCUUGA